AUGUCCAACGAAAACCCCUCGACUCUCCAGUCUGCCAUCAACCAGGCAUCCGGUCUUGCCCAGCGUGCAGUGGGCACCGUGACCGGCGACUCCUCGACCCAGAACAAGGGCGACGCCAACAUCGAGCAAGGUCAGGCCCAGCACGAAGCCUCACACACCACCGCCAAGCUGGGCCCCUUCUCCGCCGACCCCAACACGGGCGCUACGGCCAAGGACGACCCGAACCGCGCGACGGGCUCGUGGGACCAGACCCUCGGCUCGGCCAAGGAGUCGGUGGGCAACCUGAUCGGCAACGAGAACCUGCGUCGUGCGGGUGUGGAGCAGAAUGCCGCCGGUAAGGAGCAAGAGGCCAAGGGCCAGCUCAAGGAUCUGGGGCAGGGUAUCCAGGACCGCGCGCAGGGUGCGCUGGGGUCUGUUGGGGCUGCGGUGACUGGGAAUCGUGCUGAAGAGCAGAAGUGGCGUGACAUCCAUGACGAGGGCAAGGUGCGCCAGCGUGGUGCUGAGGCGGACAUUGCCCAGAAGGGUGGUCAGUAA